GAGUGGGUAGGGGUAGGGGUGAGGGGAAGGGGGAGGGGCUCGGGACAAGGGGCAAGGUAGCCUCUUCCUGGGCCGGGCCUGCACUCGCAGCCCGGGGGCAGCCUGCCCGUGGCCUUGUGGAGCUGGCAGCUCCAGGGCGAGCAGGGCCCAAGCAUUUUCUGUGGGAUCCCGGGGUUUUGUCUGCUGCAGGAUUCAUUUAUUUCCUUUUGCAUGGAUGCACAGGAGUUUUUGGUUGGUUGUUUUAAUUUCUCUACCCUCAAGCAUGGGGGCGACGAGGUUUGGAGUCCGGCUACUUCUGCCCCUCCUCGAGACCCAGCGCUGGCCUUGGGUUCUUCGCACCCGUGGGCUCUCCUCAGCAGGCCCGGCAGAUGUUUGAGGGGGAGAUGGCCAGCCUGGAGGCCCUCCGGAGCACUGGCCUGGUGCGGGCACCUCGGCCCAUCAAGGUGAUUGACCUGCCAGGAGGUGGGGCCGCCUUUGUGAUGGAGCAUCUGAAGAUGAGGAGUUUGAGCAGUCAGGCAUCAAGACUUGGAGACCAGAUGGCGGAUUUGCACCUUUACAACCAGAGGCUGAGGCAGAAGUGGAAGGAGGAGGCGAGCACAGUGGGCCGGAGGGCUGAGGGUGCUGAGCCCCAGUAUGUGGCCAAGUUCGGCUUCCACACGGUGACGUACUGCGGCUUCAUUCCGCAGGUGAAUGAGUGGCAGGAUGACUGGCCGGCCUUCUUCACCCAGCACCGGCUCCAGGCACAGCUGGACCUCAUUGAGAAAGACUAUGCUGACCGAGAGGCACGAGAACUCUGGUCACAGCUACAGGUGAAGAUCCCGGAUCUGUUUUGCGGCCUCGAGAUUGUCCCGGCCCUUCUUCACGGGGAUCUCUGGUCGGGAAAUGUGGCUGAGGAUGACACGGGGCCCAUUGUUUAUGACCCUGCUUCCUUCUAUGGCCAUUCCGAGUUUGAACUGGCAAUUGCCUUGAUGUUCGGGGGUUUUCCCAGAUCCUUCUUCACUGCCUACCACCGGAAGAUCCCCAAGGCUCCGGGGUUCGACAGGCGGCUGCUGCUCUAUCAGCUCUUUAACUACCUGAACCACUGGAACCACUUCGGGCGGGAGUAUAGGAGCCCGUCCCUGGGCACCAUGAGGAAGCUUCUCAAGUAACCGGGGCGGCAACACCAGAGGCGGCUUCAGGGACGAAUAAAGCCACUCGGGGUUUCAGGGAUGGGA